UGUAGAGACCUAAGCAAAGAACAUUAAGGAACAAAAGCGGAAUGAGACCAGCUCCAGCACAGAAAACCAGUUUGCAUUAAGGUGAAGAAAGGAAUCACCGCUUUGGACUUGUUUUGUACUGCCACAAUGAGGACUUAUCAUUGCUUCUGGCUCCUCUUCUGGGCUUCUCAUCCCCACCAAAGUUCUUCCACACCAUUAUCCAAAAGAACUAGUGGUUUUGCAGAAAGCCCAAUGGUUUUGGAUCUAUCUAGAAGCAACAAGAAAGACUUUCAUCGUUCCAAAAGAAGCUGGAUGUGGAAUCAAUUCUUUCUCUUAGAGGAAUACACAGGCUCUGACUAUCAAUAUGUUGGCAAGCUUCACUCUGACCAGGACAAAGGAGAUGGUUCACUUAAAUACAUCCUUUCUGGAGAUGGGGCAGGAGACCUCUUCAUUAUCAAUGAAAACACUGGAGAUAUACAGGCCACAAGGAGGCUAGACAGGGAAGAAAAGCCUGUUUACACUCUUCGCGCUCAAGCUGUCAACAAAAGGACUGGAGUACCGGUGGAGCCGGAGUCAGAGUUCAUCAUAAAGAUUCACGACAUCAAUGACAAUGAGCCACUGUUUACAAAGGACAUUUACAAUGCCAGUGUCCCAGAAAUGUCUGAUGUAGGUACAUUUGUGGUUCAAGUCACAGCGACGGAUGCCGAUGACCCUACGUAUGGGAACAGUGCUAGAGUUGUCUACAGCAUUCUCCAGGGGCAGCCAUAUUUCUCCGUCGAGUCUGAGUCAGGCAUCAUCAAAACAGCUCUGCUGAACAUGGAUCGAGAAAACAGAGAGCAGUACCAAGUGGUCAUACAAGCCAAGGACAUGGGAGGACAGAUGGGUGGAUUAUCAGGAACCACAACAGUGAACAUCACUCUGAUUGAUGUCAAUGACAACCCACCUCACUUCCCUCAGAGUACCUACCAGUUCAAAAUUCCAGAGUCCACACCACCUGAUUCACCAGUCGGCCGGAUAAAGGCCAGCGACGCCGAUAUAGGUCCAAAUGCAGAGAUGGAAUACAGCAUCAUUGAAGGGGAUGGCUCAGAAAUGUUUGGUGUAAUCACAGAUAAGGAGACACAAGAAGGCAUCGUAACAGUAAGAAAGGCUUUGGAUUUUGAGAAGAAGAGACAGUUUACUCUGAGAGUGGAAGCUAGCAAUCCUCACGUGGAUCCCAGAUUCCUCUAUCUUGGGCCUUUCAAAGACACUACGACCAUCAGAAUUCAGGUGGAGGAUGUCGACGAACCCCCAGUGUUUAGCAAACCAGCCUAUGUACUCGAAGCAAAGGAAAAUGUCCAGAUAAACACUGUCAUAGGAAGUGUGACUGCCCGGGACCCUGACAGUGCAAGAAACCCUAUAAAGUAUUCGGUAGAUCGCCAUACUGAUAUGGACAGAAUAUUCAACAUUGAUUCUGGAAACGGUUCAAUAUUUACUUCCAAACCUCUCGACCGGGAAACGUUAUUGUGGCACAACAUUACAGUAAUAGCUGCAGAGAUCAACAACCCAAAGGAAAGCAGUCGUAUCCCGGUGUUUAUUAAAGUCCUGGAUGUCAAUGACAAUGCCCCAGAGUUUGCCAUGUUUUACGAGACCUUCGUCUGUGAAAACGCAAAGGCUGAGCAGCUCAUACAGACCCUAAGUGCCGUUGACAAAGACGAUGCUUUUGGUGGACACAAAUUUUCAUUCUCAUUGGCCCCUGAAGUAGCCAGCAGCUCCAAUUUCACCCUUCAGGACAACCAAGAUAACACAGCCGGGAUCUUCACAAGGAGAAGCAGAUAUAACAGACAUGAAAUGAACAUGUACCUCCUACCCGUGGUAAUAUCGGACAACGAAUAUCCGAUUCAGAGCAGUACAGAGACGGUGACAAUUCGAGUGUGUGCCUGUGACCAGAGAGGCAAAAUGCUCUCCUGUAACGCUGAAGCCCUGAUCCACCCUACCGGCCUUAGCACAGGAGCUCUGGUUGCAAUUCUCCUCUGCAUCAUUAUAUUGCUAGUUACAGUGGUGCUGUUUGCAGCCCUGAGACGGCAGCGGAAGAAAGAGCCUUUGAUCAUUUCCAAAGAGGACAUCCGAGACAACAUUGUCAGUUACAACGAUGAGGGUGGUGGAGAGGAAGACACCCAAGCAUUUGAUAUUGGCACCCUGCGGAACCCCGAAGCCAUAGAAGACAAUAAAUUGCGCCGAGACAUUGUGCCGGAAACGCUUUUCAUGCCGCGCCGGACUCCAGUGGUACGAGAUAACACUGACGUCAGAGAUUUCAUUAGCCAAAGGUUAAAGGAGAACGAUACGGAUCCAACAGCGCCCCCUUAUGACUCGUUAGCAACAUAUGCGUACGAAGGCAACGGCUCUGUGGCCGAAUCCCUCAGCUCCUUGGAGUCAGUGACCACAGAUGGAGACCAGGACUAUGAUUACCUCAGCGACUGGGGACCUCGGUUUAAAAAGUUGGCCGAUAUGUAUGGCGGAGCGGACAGCGAUAAAGACUCUUAAUAUGUUGCCUUUUUUUUUCAUUUCCAAGAAACAGCAUUGAAAUGUGUGACAUUGCUACUUCUUUCUAUUUAUCCACAGUUCUCUGAAAGGGUUCUCUACUCUACCAGUUCAAAUUGUUUCCGUGACUGCAGUCUUUGUGGAUCUAAUGUCAUUUCCCACCCCUACAUAUAAUUUGAGCUUCCAAGAGGCAAAUAAUGAGGAAAAACAAACUUUGUUAUUAUUAUUUUUUUUUUGUAGUGCAUCCUGUUUACCUAGGCAGUUAAACAGACACAAUGGCAAGGAAAUUGAGGGACAACAGAAACGGAAUAAUAGUUUUAACUCGUUCUGCUUAUCUUGUAAAUUGGAUUAUCUUACUGUUAUAGUUCACCAAAUAAUCUUACUGUAUUUUAAUUAUUCAGCUCAGACGUGUUUUCUGCAGAUUAUGUAUUGAAAUACCCCCAUUGUAAGGAAGUAUUGUGGUUUAGCAUAACUAUUAUCAUAAAAGGAGUGGGGUAUAGCUCUUUUUAAAGCCACAAUCUGCCUACAAGGAACUAAGAUAUUUUAAACGUUCUACUGGCCAUUCAAGCGCUAGUGUUAAUCUUGAAUUGGUC